UUUUUCGAAUCACGCGAGUCGCUUUUGUCGACCUAUGAAAGCAUUCGUUCAUGGUGUAUCCUCUUUUCUUCAUCAUGGCGGAUGUAAAGAAACCCGAAAAGAAGGUCGAUAGAAAGGCCGAUAAGAAAGUUAAGAGGGAGCCAAAAGAUGCAUCUAAAAAUGUAAUGCGCGAAGUAAGAAUUCGCAAGCUCUGUUUGAACAUUUGUGUGGGAGAAUCUGGUGACAGACUGACGCGUGCUGCUAAGGUCUUGGAACAGCUGACUGGUCAGCAACCUGUGUUCUCUAAAGCUAGAUAUACAGUACGUUCCUUCGGCAUUCGUCGUAAUGAAAAAAUAGCAGUACACUGUACCGUACGUGGUGCGAAAGCUGAAGAGAUCCUUGAACGUGGCUUAAAGGUACGUGAAUAUGAAUUGAAAAAAGAAAACUUCUCUGGCACCGGAAACUUCGGUUUUGGCAUCCAAGAACACAUUGACUUAGGAAUCAAAUACGAUCCCAGUAUUGGUAUCUACGGCUUAGACUUCUACGUUGUACUUGGUCGUCCAGGAUUUAACGUAGCACAUCGAAGAAGGAAAACUGGUAAGGUCGGUUUCCAACACAGACUUACCAAAGAAGACGCAAUGAAGUGGUUCCAACAGAAAUAUGAUGGAAUCAUUAUAGCAGGAAAGAAAUAAGAUACAUACUUUGUAUUUUACGAUUAUCCAUAUAAAGAAUUUUAACAAAAA